AUGGUUCUCACAAUCAAACCAAUCCAGUUGCCACUUCAAAUCCUCCCUGCCGCAAGUUGCAGCACCCAUAAACCUGCAGUUGCCUCCCUGUCUCAGUUUGAAAUACUCGAAACUCUUGGCCGGGGAAGUAAAGGUAUUGUGUACAAAGUAGUGCACAAUGUUACCCGUGAUGUUCGUGCAUUGAAGACGUAUAACAAUUCGGCUACUUAUGAUGAAGUUCUCAGAGAGAUCGCCAUACUGGAGUCUAUUGAUUGUCCAUAUAUCACUCAGUUUCAUGGUACUGUUUUCUCCGACUCGGGGGCCGGAUGGAUGCCUAUUCUCAUGGAGUACAUGGAGGCCGGAAGUCUUCAAAAUCUGGUGAAAAUCAAUGGUACAUUGUCCGAGAAGAUGAUCGCCGAAGUAGCAAGAAGAAUACUGAUGGGGCUAGAUUAUCUGCACAAUACUAAACACAUAGUUCACUGUGAUAUAAAGCCUGCCAAUCUGCUUGUGAAUCACAACAUGGAAGUUAAGAUCGCGGAUUUUGGAGUUAGCAAACUGAUUGAUUUAGCAAGUGAUGAGAGACACGUAUUUUCAGGAACUACUGCGUACAUGGCUCCUGAAAGAUUUGAUUCAUGUGCUUAUGGUGAUGAUUUGGAUGUUUUUGCUGGAGAUAUCUGGAGCUUGGGAUUGACGCUCAUGGAGAUAUAUAGCGGCCAUCAACCCUACUUCGCCCCAGACAGAAAGCCUAACAAGACUGAGUUUGAUCUGAUGUUUGAUGUAUGUUACAAUGAUCCCCCUACUUUGCCUGAAGAGGCCUCUCCUGAUUUUCAAGACUUCAUCAGAUGUUGCUUGGAGAAGAAUCCAGGCAAAAGAUGGAAGGCACUCCAGUUGUUAUCUCACCCUUUCCUUAUCAAGAAGCUAGAUGACCAAGACGCUCCAAUUGCACAAGACGACUCCAAUGCAGAGCCGGUGGCCAGUAAAGGCAGGAAAAGAGAAGCAAGCAUGGAAAUACGAGAGUCCUCAAAAAGGGUGAAGAGGCAAGAUGUUCAAUUUGAAAUACUCGAAACUCUUGGCCGAGGAAGUAAAGGUAUUGUGUACAAAGUAGUACACAAUGUUACCCGUGAUGUUCGUGCAUUGAAGACGUAUAACAAUUCGGCUACUUAUGAUGAAGUUCUGAGAGAGAUCACCAUACUGGAGUCUAUUGAUUGUCCUUAUAUCACUCAGUUUCAUGGUACUGUUUUCUCCGACUCGGGGGCCGGAUGGAUGCCUAUUCUCAUGGAGUACAUGGAGGCUGGAAGUCUUCAAAAUCUGGUGAAGAGCAAUGGUACAUUGUCUGAGAAGAUGAUAGCAGAAGUAGCAAGAAGAAUACUGAUGGGGCUUGAUUAUCUACACAAUACUAAACACAUAGUUCACUGUGAUAUAAAGCCUGCCAAUCUGCUUGUGAAUCACAACAUGGAAGUUAAGAUCGCGGAUUUUGGAGUUAGCAAACUAAUUGAUUUAGCAAGUGAUGAGAGCCACGUAUUUUCAGGAACAACUGCGUACAUGGCUCCUGAAAGAUUUGAUUCAUGUGCUUAUGGUGAUGAUUUGGAUGUAUUUGCUGGAGAUAUCUGGAGCUUGGGAUUGACGCUCAUGGAGAUAUAUAUCGGCCAUCAACCCUACUUCGCCCCACACAGAAAGCCUAACAAGACUGAGUUUGAUCUGAUGUUUGAUGUAUGUUACAAUGAUUCCCCUGCUUUGCCUGAAGAGGCCUCUUCUGAUUUUCAAGACUUCAUCAGAUGUUGCUUGGAGAAGAAUCCAAGCAAAAGAUGGAAGGCAGUCCAGUUGUUAUCUCAUCCUUUCCUUAUCAACAAGCUAGAUGACCAAGACGCUCCAAUUGCACCAGACAAAUCCAAUGCAGAGCCGGUGGACAGUAAAGGCAGGAAAAGAGAAGCAAACAUUGAAAUACGAGAGUCCUCAAAAAGAAUGAAGAGGCAAGAUGUUCAAGUAUGA